CAUUCACUAUAUUUGGUCUCCCACAACCCUGCAUUCACUAUAUGUGGUCUCCCCAGACCCUGCAUUCACUAUAUCUGGUCUCCUCGGACCCUGCAUUCACUAUAUGUGGUCUCCCCGGACCCUGCAUUCCCUAUAUCUGGUCUCCCCGGACCCUGCAUUCACUAUAUCUGGUCUCCCCAGACCCUGCAUUCACUAUAUGUGGUCUCCCCGGACCCUGCAUUCACUAUAUCUGGUCUCCCCGGACCCUGCAUUCACUAUAUGUGGUCUCCCCGGACCCUGCAUUCACUAUAUCUGGUCUCCACAGUACACACAACAUGGAAAUACAAUUU